AUGGGACGAAAAGCUGUUGAUACUGCUAUAAAAAGAAGCAUUAUUGUUCUACGCGAUAGUGGUAUGUCUCAACAUGAAAUUUCUCAAAAAUUAAACAUUUCUCGGCAUUGUGUUAAACAAAUUAUUCGCAAAUUUAAUGAACUUCACACAGUAGCUACAAAACCUGGAGCUGGACGUCAUUCGAAACUAACGGAUCGUCAAAAACCAGCAAUUCAAUUACAACAAGUUCGCGAUGAUACUCUUUCCUUGACUGAUCUUGUCCGGUACGUUCAAACAAAUCUCAACCUAACUGUCAGUCGUCGAACAUUGAGCCGUAUCCUACACGAAUUCGACAUGAUUUCCUAUAUUGCACCAGGAAAGCCUCGGAUCAACUAUAGGCAAAGGUGUGCUCGACUUCGUUGGUGCUACCAACAUUUGACUUGGCCUGAAAAAGAUUGGUCAAAUAUCAUAUUUACUGAUGAAAGUAAUUUUGAAGUAUUGAAUAGAAAGAAUCGAAUAUAUAUACGUAGAUUUCGAAAUGAUUUAAAACGAUUCGAACGAUCUCAACAGCGAGUCAAUAGAGGUGGUGGUGUUGGUAUUUGGUCUUAUCUAACAUGUCAUGGUCUAGGGCCACUCGUUUUCUACGAUGUGUCGUUAAAUUCAGAUAAAUAUAUUGACAUACUCGACAAGAAUUUACCAACAGCAUUUGAAAAAUGUCUACCACAUUCAUCUCAUGAAAUUUUACUUCAACAAGAUAAUGCUCGUCCCAUGUAUCAAUUAAAACACGAAAAUAUUUUAAGAAAAAACAUCUUCAUCCUAUUCCAUGGCCAUCAAAUAGUGGUGAUUUAA